AAAGUCAUAAAGGCGUACCAGUUGGUAAUAACACUAGAAUUAGUUCCGCGCUCGUAACUGAUUUUCCAUAAAUCUCGAUUCUUCUAAUUCACACUCUUCUCCACUCCCACUUCCAUUUCCAUUCACAUUCACGUUCUCUUCAUGCAUCACUAUUAACAUGACCGCACCGACACUCUCUCACGCGCCGCCAUAUAAUUUCCACAACAACGAACAGCUUCACCGCCGGUGACUCCACCGACGACAUGUUUCAGGACUCCAAAGUCUCUCAUCUCCGGUGCGCCCUCGUUACGGCGUUCUUCUUCGCCACCGUUUCUCUUUCUUGUUUAAUGCUUCUCAGAGACGCUGAUUCCUACCGAUUCUUCUCCGGAUUCUCUUCCUCUUAUCAUCUGGCUCGUCUUUCUAGCUUUUUUCCGUCUAAUGAUCAGGCUCUGACUAGCAACGAAUUUCCGCUUGAAAAAAUCUUGAGUGAGGCUGCCAUGGAAGACAAAACUGUUAUCUUGACCACAUUAAAUGAAGCAUGGGCAGCUCCAAAUUCUGUCAUUGAUCUUUUCCUUCAGAGCUUCAGAAUAGGAGAUCGUACUCGUAGGCUUUUAAACCAUUUGGUAAUCGUUGCGUUGGAUCAAAAGGCAUUUGCACGCUGUCAGGUUAUACAUAUCCAUUGCUUUUCCCUUGCUAGUAAAGAAGCUGAUUUUCAUGAAGAAGCAUACUUUAUGACUCCUAGCUACUUGAUGAUGAUGUGGAGAAGGAUUGAUUUCCUGCGUUCUAUUCUUGAGAUGGGAUACAAUUUUGUGUUCACGGAUGCUGAUAUUAUGUGGUUUAGGGACCCAUUUCCGCAGUUUUACCCUGACGCAGAUUUCCAGAUAGCGUGUGAUCAUUUCACAGGUAGCUCUGAUGAUGUAGAGAACAGACCCAAUGGAGGAUUCAACUUUGUAAAGUCGAAUAAUAGAUCAAUAGAGUUUUACAAAUUCUGGUACUCUUCUCGAGAAACUUAUCCUGGAUACCAUGAUCAAGAUGUCCUUAACUUCAUCAAGGUUCACCCUUUCAUUGCUGAUAUUGGAUUGAGGAUGAGAUUUUUGGAUACAACUAAAUUUGGUGGGCUUUGUGAGCCCAGUAGGGAUCUAAACCAGGUUUGUACGAUGCAUGCAAAUUGUUGCUUUGGUAUGGAUAGCAAGCUUCACGACCUUCGAAUUAUGCUUCAGGAUUGGAAACAUUAUUUAUCAUUGCCUCCAAGCUUGAAGAAACUGUCAAUUGUUUCCUGGAGGGUUCCUCAAAAAUGCAGCCUUGAUGCUCUCAGGAACCAUGAUUCACCAGAGGAAAAUGAUCAAGAUUGAUGUUUUGGUUGCAUGUGUCACAUUUAAAUGUAGAAGUUCAACGGCACACUAGGAUGAAAAGGUUCGAUAUUAAGGAAAAUGAUCAACAUUAAUGUUUUGGUUGCAUGUGUCACAUUAAAAUGGGGAAGUUCAACGACACUCUGGGAUGAAAAGGUUUGAUAUAAAGAUUUAAUUAGGAAAUUGAUUUUUAUAAACCAGCAUCUCUAGGAAGAAUAUUUCACACACUAAAGUACACUUUGGCAAUGUGAAUGAUGUAGCAUGCUGUUGAAUUAAUUGAUUUAAGUGUUCCUAAAUUAAUUCGUA